AAUGUUUUUAUGUGUAUUAGUUUGUGUUACACUUGAGAACAGGUACUGUACCACAGCUACCAGUGCUGUACAUUACUCAAACUUAUGUCUCUGUCUUUUCUUACUUUUACUGUAAUAUCUAUUACCAUCCCAUACGUUGUACUCAACUUUUUUCACACUCACCUGUAAUAUAAAGUUAUAUAAUCGGCUGAGAAAAUGUGUGCCUAUAUAUCUCUAACUAUUAUCGACUGUUUACUUCACAUUUGAAGUGAGAAACAUAAAGAUUUGUUUUGAGCCGAUAUUAAAUGACAUAAUAAGAGUGUCUUUUGACAGAAAUUAAAACAAAAAUGAUGUGAUUUUUUUGUAAUGAUUAUAUGAUGUUGUGGUAAAGUGGCAGACAAUGAUGCAUCAAAUAAGACAUCAGAACAAUACCAUUGAUGCCAGUGAUGAUAAUCUUGUUGUCAAAGAUAACGAUGUGAUUCGGGAUAAUAAUAAUUACCAUAAAAGAAAUGUCGCAAAUCUUGACGACUUUAUCUAUGAAUUGGAGAAUAGAAACAGUGAUACAAAUGUUGUGACAAACUAUAAAAAAUCAGAUAACAUGACCACCAGUGAAGACAGUGAUAAUCUAUUAAUACAAUUACAACAAAAAGAAAAGGAUCUGAUAUUAGCCGCAGAAUUAGGAAAGGCUUUAUUGGACAGAAAUGAAGAGUUAAGUCGAGCUAAUGAAAGGAUAGCUGAAGAAUAUUCACAUAAAUUAGAGAUUCUUGAACAGGAAAAGUAUGGAUUGAGGAGGAAAUUAGAGACUCUUGAAGGCGAUUACGACGGAAGACUUAGUGAAUUGCAAACCGAUCUCAAGUGUGUCCGACAAGAGCUGGAAUCGCAACAACAAUAUACUAAACAAAUUGAAUCCGAAAAAAAUAAGAUAAUUCAGGAAUUAAUUGAACAAAACCAUAGACUAACUAAUGAACUCAAACAGUCAACAGAAACGGAAUCGUUAUUAGAAAAUCAAUUGCAGACACUUCGGGACCAAUUCAACGUCAGACGAACCAAUCUUAACGAUCAUAUCGACCAACUCGAAGGACUCAGAGAAGAGAUAAAUUUGUUAAGCAAAAGAAAGGGUGAUUUGGAGAGAAAGAUCUCAUCAUUAACUCAGGACAGGGAACACCUCAAUGUUUCCCUCGAGGAGUCCAGUGAUAGGAUAUUCUUAUUGGAGAAACAGUUACAACAACAAGAACUCGAGUUAAGGACACAACAUAAAGACUUGGAUGAGUUAAGACACGCCAACACUCAACUGCAAAACAAAAUGGAUGUAUUGUCCAGAAAAACUGUGCCAUCAGAUCACUAUCUCAAUGGUCAUCAUUCGUUGUUCAAUGAAAUUGAGAUGUCUUCUCAAUCGUCAAACGAUGAAGACUUGAGAUCAUUAAAUGGCAGAAUUGAUGACAACGAAGACGAGAUCUAUUGCGACGAAAGGGAUUCGUCUUAUAGUUCAUCUCAAAGCGAUUCCUCAAAAUUAAGACAAGAACUCGUUGAGGUUUACCAACUACUGAGACAAACGUAUCACGAUUUGCACCGAAAGAAGGAUAAUAGCGGUAAUUUCAACUCAACGCAAGACAGCGGAAUCCCUGACGAACAGCCAAUCCAUCAAAUAAAGAGCGGAAUGUUUAAGACUAUUGUCAGAGACCUCAUCUCUAUUCUCAAUGACUUAAAUUCAGACUUCACUGAAAUGGUUUGCCUGUCGUGUCAAACGAUUGCCAACGACAGAUGUGAACUCGAAAGGUUAAGAAAAGAGGCUAAAGAGCAAAGCGAACAAUUAAAGAAAUCAUUGGAUCAGAUCACCGAAAUGACCAAACGAUUGACAAUUCAAGAGUCAGAGCUGAACGCCAUUAAGGAAGAGAAAGAAAUACUAAAAUGUGAUAUUAAUAACUCUAAUGGUUUGGCCAAAGAUGAGAUAGUGAAGAGAGCCUGGGAGGUCAGGGAUCAAGCAGUCAAACGUAAAAACAAUGUCGAAGUAGAGCUGGCAAAGACCAGGAUUGAAGUAAUGCAUAUUAAUAGUCAACUUUUGGAAACUAUUCAACAAAAGAUUGAAUUAUCACAACAACUGGAACAGUGGCAGGUCGAUAUGCAGAUACUUUUGGAUGAACAGCUCAAGAGUAAGCUAACGUCUCAAGAGUCAGGAGACAAAAGAAGAAAUGGUGACACAAAUGGCAUGAAUGGGACCGCAAUUACCAAUAAUAAGACAGUUAUGUCUCGCGGCAACAAAUUGCUGAGACUUUUAAGAUAUAAUAAUUGAAUAACUGGUCAGUGAUGUGAUCUUUGAAUUACAUUUCAAUACAUUUUAAAAGCAGACUGUGAUAUAAUACAUAAUUAAAUUUCAAGUAUAAACUUAACAAAAGUGCCUCAAAAAUGGCUCUUAAGUUAAUU